AUGUUAACUACAAGAUCACUAUCGAGAAAUUUAACGACUGCUAUGCGUCAAGGCUACAGCCUUGCUCGUCGCAACUACGGUCUUCCUGCUUCAGCCAUUGGACUCGGAACUGAUCCUAGAAAAGAUAAAACUGUUCAAUUGACACCUUUAAGAGGUGUGAAUAUCAUUCAUGAUCCCUUACUUUCAAAGGGUACUGCUUUCAGCAUUGCAGAAAGAGAACGUCUUUCCAUUCGUGGUUUGGUGCCUCCUCGUUGUCAAGAGAUGGACAAGCAAUUGUUACGUAUCAAGCGUAAUUUGGAUGCUUUGGAGACUCCCUUGGCCAAAUUCGUCUUUUUAUCCGCCCUUCAAGAUCGUAACGAGACCCUAUUCUACAAGCUCUUGAUCAACUACCUAGAUGAAUUAUCUGGUAUCAUUUAUACCCCUACUGUUGGUGAAGCAUGUCUGAUGUCUCAUUCCAUCUACCGUCGUUCUCGUGGCAUGUAUUUCUCUUCUCAAGACAGAGGUGCUAUGUCUGCUAUGGUUCACAACUGGCCUCAUGAUGAAGUGGAUGUGAUUGUCGUUACAGAUGGUUCUCGUGUUUUAGGUUUGGGUGAUUUGGGUGCAAAUGGCAUGCAAAUUCCUAUCGGUAAACUCAGUUUGUACGUCGCCGCUGGUGGUAUUCGUCCUCGCUCAGUUCUUCCUGUCGUCUUGGAUGUUGGUACAAAUAAUGAGUCUUUGUUACAUGAUCCCCUUUACCUCGGUAUGGGCCACCCUAGAUUAGAUGGCGAAGAAUACUAUUCAUUCGUCGAUGAAUGGGUUACUGCUGUCCACAGUAGAUGGCCUAAUGCUCUUAUUCAAUUCGAGGAUUUCAAGUACCCUCACGCCUACAACUUGUUGAACAAAUAUCAAGACAAGAUUACUUGCUUCAAUGAUGACAUUCAAUCCACUUCUGCCAUUACUUUGGCUGGUAUCCUUGCAUCUCUCAAAGCUCGUGGCCGCUCUCAAGAAAGUCUCAAUGAAGAACGUAUCAUCUGUGUUGGAGCUGGCUCCGCAGGUGUUGGUGUUUGUGAAGGUAUCGUUGAUGCCAUGGUCGCUCAAGGUAGAGUCAAGUCUCGCGAUGAAGCUUAUUCUCGUAUUUGGAUGCUGGAUCAACAUGGCCUCCUUGGUAACCCUACCUUGAACAAGAGCGAUCCUCAAUCCAUUGUUGGUGGUGGCGAUAGAAUGACUAAACUCGAUAAACGUCAAAAGUGUUAUGUCAAGGCUGACAUGUCAGAUCGUCUUAGUCUGGAGGAAGUGGUUGAGCAAGUGAAGCCUACUGUCAUCUUAGGUUUGACUGGCGUCCCUGGUGUCUUUAGUGAAAAGGCUAUUCGUACCAUGGCCAAGUAUCAAGAAAAGCCUAUCGUUUUCCCCUUGAGUAAUCCUGAUACCCGUGCUGAAUGUACUGCUGAGGAAGCAUUCAAAUGGACCGACGGUCGUGCUAUCUUUGCUUCUGGUAGUCCUUUCUCUGAUGUCAACUUGCCUGAUGGUCGUGUUGGUAGAACCAAUCAAUGUAACAACUCUUACAGUUUCCCCGGUCUUGGUCUUGGUAUCACUGUCUCUAGAGCUAGCCGUGUUACUCCCAACAUGUUUUUGGAAACCGCAAAGACCAUUGCUGAUAUGGCCAGCCCUCAACAACUAAAGGAAGGUACUCUUUUCCCUGGUGUGCAUUACUUGCGUGAUGUUGCUUUAGCUGUUGGCACCCGUGUCUGUGAAGUCGCUUUCGAGGAAGGUGUUGCCACUGCUGUAUUAAAGGAGGGCGAGAUGUUGAGUGACGUUGUAGAAAGCUCCAUGUUCGUUCCUGAGUAUGUACCUUUAGUUCAUAGCCCAGGUGCCCACUAA